CCAAAAUUGUCAAACGAUAAGAAUUGAGAACAGUCCCAGAUCCGACACCCUCGUCAUUUCACCAGAAAACUUUGUCCGAAAAAGGAAAAAAGAAAAUCAUCAUCAUCAUCAUGCCGUACUAUUCGCACAGCGAGGACGCCGUCGACGCCUUCGACGAGUUCGAUCCGACGCCGUACGACGGCGGAUUCGACCUUUAUCUCACCUACGGCCGCCACCUCCCCCACUCCGACGAGACCUGCUACACUCUCCGCUCCGACGACUUCGACUACGAUCGCUCCCAGCUCUCCUCCUCCGCCGAGCCCAACGCCUACUCCGACAGCGUUCUUGACGUCGAGUACAGCAGCUAUUCCCGCCCCAAGCCACGUCCCGGUCCCGGUCCCGCACCCGCCUACGGCGGGUCCCAGUACGGAUCUGGGUAUGGUCGGACGAGUGAGUACGAGCGACCAUCGGAGGACGGAUCUGGGUACGGCGGUCGGAGGCCCGAUUCGGAUGAACCUGGUUCGGAAUAUGGAUCUGGGUAUGGAAGGACGACUGAAUACGAGAGCUCCCAGGGAGAACAUGGGUCUGGGUAUGGAAAGAAGAAUGAGUACGAGAGUUCUCAGGGAGAAUAUGGAUCUGGGUAUGGAAGGAAGAAUGAGUACGAGAGUUCUCAAGGAGAACAUGGAUCUGGGUAUGGGAGGAGGACUGAGUAUGAGAGUUCUCAAGGAGAGUAUGGAUCUGGGUAUGGUCGGAGGCCGAGUUACGGGGAAGAAGGAGGGGGAUAUGGAGGGAAGACUGAGUAUGAGAGGCCGAGUUAUGGGGAUGAGCCGCCUCCGCCUAGGAGGCCGAGUUAUGGAGAAGAGGAAGGAGGGGGGUAUGGAGGGAGGAAUGAGAGUGAGUAUGAGAGGCCGAGCUAUGGGGAAGAGCCGCCUCCGCCUAGGAGGCCGAGUUAUGGAGAAGAGGAAGGAGGGGGGUAUGGAGGGAGGAAUGAGAGUGAGUAUGAGAGGCCGAGCUAUGGGGAAGAGCCGCCGAGGAGGCCGAGUUACGGGAGGCAGGAAAGUGGGGAGUAUGAGAGGCCGGCUUAUGAGCGGCCGAGUUAUGGAAGGUCUGAGGAGGAGGAUUAUCGGAAGCCUAGUUAUGAGAGGCGUCGUAAAGAUGAUGAGGAGGAGGUGGAUCGCCCCAAGUAUGGCUAUGGCGAGGAGGAAGGCUAUGGUCGCAAGAAAUAUGGGGAUGAUGGCUCUGAUGAUGACAAUGAAGAGAAUAAGCACCAUCGCCACAAGCACCACCACCACCACCGCAAGAGUUCCGACGAUGAGUGAGGUGCAAGCAUAUCCUGUUGUGAAAUGGAGUCAUGCCAUACUUAGCUAAUAAAGGGUUGGGGCAUGUAUUCCUUUGAGUGCUGUUUGUUCUGUCCUGUUUUCAAGUAUCCUACAACUCUUUGCUAUGAAACUACCUGUCUAAAGUUAAUGCGUGAUAUGUCAUAUAUGUUCAUGCUAUAAAUAAAAUCCCAGACUUUGGUUUGGCGUGUCUUUUUUACUA